AUGGGUGACAUCGAUAGGGGUGACCAGAUUCUGAUGCUUGUACAGCAACGUGGAGAAGCAAAGAAGGCGCUUGCUUACUUUAUACCCAAAGCUACAGCUUUGGUGCGCAAUAAUAGCGUUACAUCGAUCGCGUUAUCUACGCUAUCCUUGCUGAGCGCUGCUGUUGAGCAUCGCCAAUCAGCGUGGACUCAAGGGCUGACUCUAGAGCGAGGUUUCAAGCGCCGACGAACAAGCGAUGGCUGUCGAACCAAUAUCGUACUUGCUGCUAAAAUAGUUCAGAGUAUUGUGAAGGUUUACGCGCCAGUAAAUAUUGCUACAGCCAACGCGGAAGAGCUAAACGAUAUAGUUGUGGCAAUGGACUUAGCAUGUGUGGCACUGUACGUGGUGUGUGUGUUGGAGCAUACAGUACGUCUUGGAGACCUUGUGGUGGAGAAUCUGCUCUAUCAAGUAGCCAAGAAAUAUGCAGAGAUGCCCAAGAUGCGUGAGUCUGCAAUGUGUGUAGCUACUUGUGUUCACGUUCGUCUAUGGAACGAGCAUAUCAAGCUGUGCAAGAAAUUAGAUGACGGUGAUACAGGAACGUCACAGCUGAUGAGAUAUUUGCAAGAUGCAAUUAGCACUGACGUCAUGACUAGAGUUACCAAGAAACUGGAACUUUUGGUGGAGUUUCCACGACCUGAAAGCUUCCACUCAGCACACUUCUCUCGCUUGCUUCUUGGUCACACUAACGCGUGUAUCACACUAUUAGCUGCUGCUCAGCAUUACGACGCUGUGAGAUUAGUUGCUGAGACCACGCUCUCUCCAUGGAUUGACCAUUUGCACAAGCUUUCUGGCCAGAACGCAAAGCUAGCUUCAUCAUUUAGUGAUCGAGCGUUUCGGAUAUUGUGGAAAUCUGCUUCGACGAUGGACGGUGGUGGCCAAAACUCGUUCAAAGGAGCCAGUUUUGUGCUCCUGCUCCGCUCAACGGCAUUGACAUUUAUGCUCAAAUGCUCAAACUACACCUCAAUAUACUAUAUACAGCAGGUGCACCGUGUUGGUGUCCAAUAUGAAUGUGCAUCAAAGCGGUCACAACAAGGGCUCCAAGUAAUAUGUGAAUUUUAUGAUCGAUCAGCGGACGCUCUACUCCAGACGCUGCCCAGCUUUAAGCAGACGUACGAAUCUAAGUCGCUUCAGUGGGAAUAUAUUCAAUGGCUUGAACAUUUCGCUGUCGUUUGCGAAUCGCUUGGAAUGCAUAUAAAGAGUGCGAUGAUUUUGGAAAGUGCGGUCCACUACGCACGUUCAUUUGGAAGCACGGGAGAGCCUAUUCAGUCUUGCCUGCUAUUUUAUAUCGCGGGUGUUUUUUUUAGUGCAUCUGGUUCCAAGAAACGACAAGGAAGUCCUUCCUUACGCGACGGUCUUGGUGGUAGUGCUUUUGACAAACGACUAAUAUCUGGAGCUGGUAGAAUUAUACGCGAUCUCGCUUACAGCAGUACACCUGACAAGUUCGUUGACCAGUGUGAGAAGGCAGCGCUGGUGUAUCUGAAAAAGUUUGGUGUGCUGGUGGCUUCUAGUUCCGGAUCAAUAAGGUCACAGAUUCUCUCUGCAUUUGGAAAGUUCGUGAUGCGUUGCCUGAAGAGGAGUUCGACGAAAAUGUUCAACUAUACUAUUAGUGAUCAGCAUUCUGCUAAAAGCCAAUUGUGCUACCAAAUCGUGACAAGUUUUGCUGAAAUGUGUAAGGCGGUAAAGGAACUACGUUCUUCUGCCGAAUCGGAUAUAACGAUGAUUGAAACGCUAAUUCUAGAGGAAUCACGACUUCAUCGAAUGGCUGUGGUCCUCUUGGCGCGGCGUUACGACGAUACAUGCAGUUCAACACCAACCAAGCUUGCUCUGCACGCGAUUUCCCGGCAUGUGAAUCUAGUCCGUGAGCUUCUUGAUGACGCAACGAUGAAUGGAAAACUUAGUGUAUCGAUUUUGCAGGGAAUUCUUGGUGAUCUGAAGUCAAUUGCACGGGAAUGUUACAGCUGUGCAACUCGUUGCUACAAAGUAGGAAACUUUCAAGAUACGAUUUCUUCACUGACAGAAGCAUUUGAGCUUGCAGAAGGCUACUUGGAGUACGUAAUGAGCAGUGACGCGACCGCAGAUGAGAUACACAAGGCACAUGCUGAACUGAAAGUCGAUGAUAUUGCUUCCUUAUUGGCACAUUGCUUUCGUGAAAUGCAAGAUGUCACAAGGUCGCGUAUAUUCAUUGGUUUUGCACUCGUGUACUGUGGAGACAUUAACCUGAGGAUUCCGCAAACAAUUGUCGACAAGUACGUAUCGUGCCUCUUGGAUGAGCUUACAAUCUUGGGUAAUGCUACAGAAUGCUCCAUCAUGAACACGUCCAAAGCUUUCUUGGACAACAUCACUCACGUUUUUAAGUCUCGCUACAUAGCCGAGGAUCGUAUUAUGAUACUGUGGAGCACGUUCCGAUAUGCCUUCGAAUGCUCGUCUGCUAGGAUUACGGGCAAGUUACGAGCCGAGGAUUAUGUCGAGUCAUCGCAUUCAGCUGGUAAUUCAUCUGAAUCGUGUGUGAAGCUGUGCUGUGCGCUUCAAAGUCAUUUAGAUGGCGAAUUGAUCAAAAUCAAGUCGAAGGCGAUACAGGGCGAUUUAUUCGGCGAUAUUCUGCUGGAUGUGUCCCAGUCCCUGGCAAAGCGCAAACUCAUCUACUGUUCUUAUUAUGCCAAACGUGACGUGAACAUCGCAAUUAAGGGGAUGCUACUCGUGCAUGACUCACUUACUGGUGCUGCUGACUCCCUCCAGUCUUUAGUCGGUGCCGAUUCUGUCGAUCUCGGAGGAGUUUAUGGAUGGCGUGGUGUAAUUACGAUGGAAAUUGCUCUAAUGACUAGCUAUGCUGGCAUCGCAACUGGCGAUAUUGUUUGUGGAAAUAUUUGCAUUUGCGAAGGAAGUGCAAUUGCGGAUAUUGAACAAUGUGUAAAGUACUGGGAUGGCGGAGAUGUUUCUGGUUUUCUGUUUGAUGGGCCUCACAUGAUAUGCUGCUUGAAUUCCAUCUGCAAUGUACUGUCCCUAAUUUCAUGCUCAGCACUGGAGAGUUCGGUUAGAAAGCUGCUAAAGACGCUCCAGUGGUCAGUAAACUUUCACGACGCCAUUGCAUCUCCAGUGCUGGGGCUGUUCGGCUCUGAUUCUAAGGUCAAUGACUUGAUUGUGGAGACGAAAGGUGUAUCCUCGCCAAAUGCAGAUAUCAACAGCAAAAUGCAGCUGUUCGAGCAAGUGGACAAAGAGUUGGUUGCUGCUGAGGUCUCCUGUCUUGAUGGUGUUAGAAGUCAAACAUGUCAGCAUUUGCUGAGUGCGGUCACCAUACUUGGCAAUAUAAAGUCAAGUAUGAGGCAGUGCCAAAUCGCAUCGGCUGCGAAGGUGAUUGGAAUGCGGGAGCUGCUGAUUCACGCAAUACUGUCGGAAUUUUACUUUCAUGAAGGGCAAAGCAAAUGCGCCAUCGCAGAAGCUAAAGCUGCGCUGCGGGUUUGUUGGAAAAUGGCGAAAGCGUGUACCGUUUUUUUAUCGUAUGCCGAUACUACACAGUAUAAAUUACCACCAGAAAUUUCAACAGCAGACUGCCAGCAGCGCAAAUUCACCCAUAUGUUGUAUUUCAUGGCGCUGGAAAGUUCGUCUUGGGACGUGCUGUUUGCCGCAAAGCUAAUGUUGUGUCGAUUGGCAUCUCUUUACACUUUAUAUAAUCAGCCUCAAAGAGCUACAGCAUGUUUGACGGAGGCAAUGCGCCUUGUGGGCGGGUUGGACCUACGUUUGUUCCGCCGGGGUCCGUUUUACGAGUACGCAGAAUUGGAGCUAAAUGCAAGCCAAUUGGAGAAGGCAAAAGUAGCCAUAUCUUUACUGUCUUUUAGUCGAAAGUUGGAUCCUCACCAAAUUGUUGGUGCUACGGUAUCGGUGCAUCACGACUACAUCGAGUCUGAUUUGGCUUUCAUUGAGCAAAAAUGCAAUGAAAUUGUGCAGCGAGGUGAUGUGCACAUUAACGAAGGAGAUCGGCAACAAGCUUUGGUAUGUUUCUCGAAAGCAAUAGAGGCUUUGGAUGCUGUCAGCGUUAGAGAACCUACGCUUUCCAAGAGAUUUAGAAGAGCCAUAGCUCGAUGCUGGCGUAAGUAUACACGACUACAGAGCCAAGUCAGCGAUUUUUCUGACAUAAAAGCAGCGGAGGCGCUGUUUGUUUCGAUGAAGAAGCUUAAGAAGUCGAUGAACAGUUGUGGUUGUAAUUUAGAACGAGUGAAGUGUCUACUUGAACUAGGGCGUAUUAACACGAGCCUGUUACGCUCGGCGUCACCUCGAGUAUUUACUAGUCUAGGUCAGACGCUUACCUUGCUGGAAGAAGCGUAUUUGCUCGGAGAGCGUUUAGAAAUCCCACAUCUACGCCAAGAAUUGCGGGCAGCAUUAGGAAUGGCCUAUUUUGCUGAAAUCGAGGAGAAUGCUCGCAGCGAGGUUGAUUUCGCGGACGACAGCAAUCGUGCAAGGUUUCUCUCAUGGAUGAGCAGCAUGUUGCUGGCUAAUGCUGGUAGUGCUGGUAUGGCUGUGAAGGAAGUCUUCACCGCGGAAACGAACAGCCAUUUAUCGGCGCAAGAAGCUCUAAUGAUGCGAUUGGAGCGGUUGGCUGCAAAUGCAAGUGCAAGUCAUGAAGUGGAGAAGCAUCCAAACUUGACAAAAAUAGCUGACAGCGUCGCCGAGCAAGUUCAGGAGCUACCAGAUAAUUGGUCAAUCGUCUCGGUGAUGAUAAGUUCAUCGUCUGAGCUCGUUAUUACUCGUUUACCGACAAAUGGCUCCAUGCCAGUCUCGUUCUGCUUGCCUCAGGCUGCCUGGACAAAGUCUAUUCGUGAGAUGUAUACGAUCAUAGAAGACUCAAGGGAAGGCUUAUCAGGCCAUACGGCUGAAGAAGCAGGCUCUUGGAGCUCAGAACAGAAGAAAGAAUGGUGGAGUACUCGCAAACUGCUAGAUGAACGCAUUAAGAAAGUAUUGGUCUCCAUGGAGGAAACGCUUGGAUUUUGGCGAUGUUUGUUCGUUGGAGGACCUGUUUCAUUUAAAACGAAAAAGAUUCGACGCUGCUGGAAAUUGCUGGUCUCGAGCAAAACUGGCCCUGCCAAACUGUUGGAAAGAAAUCAGACUUUGUUGUGUUCUAUUGCUAAUGCCCAGCAGUGCCUGUCAGACGCUGAAGCAAUCGAUGGGCUGAAUCACAUUGCAGCAGAAAUUGGGGUGGACCCAUCCGAUUCGAUUGUACGAGAAGCUCUCCAAGUGUUACGGGCGGAGGGAGAAAAUCCAAGGCCAAGUUCAUCGAAAGAAACUCUGACAAAGUUGGUCAAGCUGAGCAGAGAAACAGUUUCCAAGAUGAAAGUUGGUGAGGUGAUGCAACUUCUUGCUGCUGAAGGCCUCAGUACAGAUGGACCGAAGAAGGCAAUGGUUGAGCGCCUACUUGCUGCCCGUGAUGCUGCUCUCGUCGACGGGCUUGGGUCUUUCGUUGAAAGGUCUUACGAUGAAUUUGACACCAAGUUCUCUACUAUUUUAAUCUUACACCACGAGCUGCAGCAAUUUCCAUGGGAAGGGAUGGAUGUAAUGGGGUGUUGCAGCGGUGUAACACGCAUGCCUUCCCUUGAUAUGAUUUUAGAAAAUGCUAAGCGUCCGUCAUCAGUCCGAAGAGACCGAGUGUGUUUUCUGCUGAAUCCUGCUGGAGAUCUGAAAUCAACGCAAUAUCAACUGAGUCCGAUAUUGGAAUGCGGUGCGACAACGUACAACUGGGAAGGAUUUAUCGGUGAAGUUCCAGACCCUGACGAAUUGAGCAACCAUUUAGCAGCCGCUGACCUAUUUGUUUAUUGUGGUCACGGUUCCGGUGAGGCGUACUUGCAUCGUGACAAGGUUCUUAGUUUACAACCGGAUUGUGCCGCUGCACUGUUGUUCGGUUGCAGCAGUGGACGUCUAGAAUGCAAGGGAAUCUUUGGACCGAGUGGUGCUGUGCUGGCGUAUUUGCGUGCCGGAAGUCGUGCGGUGCUGGCGAUGCUCUGGGAUGUCACCGACCGCGACAUCGACCAGCUGAGUGUCAAGGUUCUGCAGAAGUGGCUCCUAGCAAACGAUAACGAUGCGAACGACUGUCGAUCGCUAGCACAGGUGCUGCAAGAAUCACGAGGCGUGUGCAAGCUCAAGUAUUUGAAUGGUCAUGCUGCAAUCUGCUAUGGUCUUCCGCUGUACGUUGCAAAAAGCUGA